UGUAGUCUGUUGCAUAAAAAGCAAAAUGGAAGUAAUAGAUUGACAACUUUGUGAUUCUCUUAAUUUAUUUUUGGGUUUUAAUACGUUUUUCGACCUGAGUAAGUGUAAAAAUCGUUUAGUGUGAAUUGACAAACGAGAUUAUUUCAUUAUGAAAUAAAUUAAAGUAUUGUAUAACUGCGCGCAGGAUAUAUAACGAAAAAGUAGUUGUGGUAUGAUGAUAACAAAAGAUAAUAUAAAAAUUCAGCCUUGUCUACUCUCGUUAUGUGUUAUUUUUCAUCACAUGUGUAUAGUGAAGAUUAACAAGUCAUGAACCUUCACAGCAAUAGUUCAGUGCAGUGAAUACGUAACUAAAAAAGUGAUUGUAGGAUUUGUGACGUCAUAGAAAUUAAAGACAAUAAAAUAUCGUUUCUGCUGUAAAAUGUUUAUUAGUUUUUUUUAGGUGAGUACGCACAUUUUCACAAGUUUUGAAGAGAGUGUUCGCGGCAGAUAGGUGGUUUUCCGCGAGGAUGGGCGGCGAUGUCUGCCCCCUCCGAUAGCGCUACCAGCCCUCCACCAUGUGCGUGUACCAACAUAUCGCUUAUGCAGUUGUUCCAUGAGCUCAAACAAAAGUUUCCUGGUGUACCCGAUCAUGUUGUUUCUAACACCAUUGAGCUAUACUGUCAUGAUAAAAAAGCUUGUGAAAUACAUCUUCUCAGAGAAGUCAAGACCUCCCUAACGCACGCCUAUCAUGCGUCUUCAGUGGCUGCAGCACGACAACUCAGUGGUCUUAAAAUUAAUCCACCACAAAAGUGCCGAAAUCAGCCUAUUAUCAAGCAUGAAGCUAUAAAAUCAACAAAUGCCCAGUUGUUUACUUGCCAAGGUCCACAAAAAGCCAUAAUCAGCACUAAUGCUAGUUUAGAUGAAGAAGAUGUUAAAGUGAAUACUGAUGCAAAUCAAAAUGUUGUGGAAGUAAAAACAAAUGAGUUACUUAAUACAUGCUCACCUGUUACUAUAGUCAAUCUUGAUAACUGUUUUGUUAAGUACAGUGCAGAGUCACCUAGUGACUUAGAGUUGUCUAAUGAAAACAAUAGUAUUGAGAAUGGAAAGCAGGAAAGUACAAAUCAAGGAUUUAAUGAACAAAUAACCAAUUCUGAACAAUCUGAGAGUACUAAUUUUAAAUUAUUGAAAAGUAAUAAAAUAAGGUCAAAUUUAAAUGAAAAAUUGGAGGGUGUGAAGGAGAAAAAAACUAUUAAAAAAGAUAAGGAAGAACCUAAAGAAGUGCUUGAUAAACCACAAAGACCAAACACAUUGAACUUCAUUAAACCAAGUCCAGAAAUUGCAUUUAAUGAUAAUCUGAAAAAACCUGAUGAAACAUGCCGCACAGUCUCACCUGCUCCUGCAAUUCAAAAAACUGAUAAAGAGCCCAAAAGUUGUCCAUAUAGGCAAGAAAGGGGUGGGUAUCCCCUAAAUUUGUCUGUCAAUGUUAAUUGCCAUAUGGACUUAAGCCGUGGGUACUGUGAUCCUUGGUUAGAAGAUUAUGAAAGUCCUAGAGCAAUUACAUCAGUGAAUUUAACUGUUUGUACACCAACAUCAAAUAUGGCCAGUCCAGUCAGGGAAAGAAAUGAUGAUAGUGGCUUUGAGGGGCAUGUGACAGUAACUGUUAGCCCUAGUACAACACGCCCAAAGCGUAGAGCACCACCUCCACCUCAAUCCACCAGGAUAGAUUCACCGAGACCAUCUAGGGUUGCUCCUGAACCACCCGGUACAGAUCAUUCUCUAAUUGAGCGUCAGAAGGAACGUUUAUCAAGAUUAGCAGCUGCAUUAGCCCAAGAGAAGGGACAGUUGGCACAAUUAAAUCGGGAAACACAGAUAUUAGCUGCUCCUCCACCAUCACCAACAGCUGCUGCAAGAUUCAAGGAGCAUGUGGAACGCUUAAGGGAUGAGUGUGAUAUGUUGGCAAAGCGCCUUGAGAUGGGAGUAAGAGCUCCCCGAGUGUUACCUGUCCCAGAGGCAGAUGACAACUUCUACAGUAAUAUAUACACAGGGCAGAGACCAUCUGCCUCUUGGCAAUGCCACAUGUGCACCUUUAGGAAUCAUCCACUCUUAGACAAGUGUGAGGAGUGUGACAUGCCCCGGAUAUUUGUAGGUACGUCCCCUGCUACUACACAUGACUCUGGCUUUGGGUCUUUCCGUGAUAGGAACAGACGAGGGGCUAAUCUGUCCAGUGACACAGGCUCCCUGCCUAAUAUAGCAAGUGGGUAUGCUGUUAAUGUGUAAGAAUUUUUAAUACUUGCUAUAACAUGUGACACACUAUAUCAGUGACUAUAUCUAGUAUUAGGCACUGAUGUAAGUACUGAAUAUAAAUAGAGCAUUUCAUCGGUCUAUCUAUGGAUAAAUUACUAGGAACAACAUUGGAAAUUUAUAGCAAGUGUAAUUCAAACAGAACGCUACUAUUGUCCAAGUAACAGUUCUGCAAUCACUGCUACAAGACUGUUAUUAUAACAGUUGUAUAUGAAACAUUUUGGAGGCGAGAUGAAGUAACAAUAUGAGUGUUGUGUUAAGUGAGGCUAUAAGUGUUGCCAGUUAACCUAUGCAUGACGGAUUGUACCUUAGUGCAUGAGUGUUCCAUUAACAUUAUACCUUCCGAUUAGUUACCGGACUGAUUUUAAGAUUUCAUAGUAAUCUAAUUGGAGUUGUAGUACUUAAAUUUAUUCAAUAAUAAUAGAGAGCUUAAUACAAAGUUUAUAUAAACAUAAUCAGGCUAAAAAUAAGUAUGAAGUGUGAUUAUAAAUACAAAUGUGUGACGUAAACCAUUACUUACAAUAAUUAUUCAAUAAGAAAAUUAUAGUCUAAAGAAGAGUUUUGGUUCAAUACAAUUCUAAUGAAAUUGUAUUGAAGUAAACAUUUUGAUGAGCGUAAACCUUGCUCUAUAUUAUUUUUAAUUUAAACAAAAUAGAAUUAAGUAUAUUGUAUUACUUACAUCACAUUGUCUGGUCAAGCCAUCUGAGAUCUCAAAAGAAGACUACUAGCGCCUUGCCAAAAAGUCAUUAUUUACACUAUUGGUUACAAAUUUUGCUCAAACUUUAUCAAUUGCUCAUAUUGUGCACAAUUUUACACUAAUAAAUUAUCAUAAACUAAGAAAAUAGAUUUUCCAAGAGAUUAACUGAUUCACUAAAUUAGUUUAGUGAAACAUAUUUUCAAUUUUCCAACUGUUUGGCAUUUCAAGUUUUGACACUGCCAUCUUGGUAUCCUUUCUUGUGUCAAAAAUAAAUAUUAAUAAGUGCAUGUAAUUUUAAUAUAUUGAUUUAUUAUCAAAUUAAAAUUAUAGAUUUUUAUUAUUAAUUAUAGAAACAAUAGACCACUUUCAAUACACCUAGGAUGCUGUUUUC